UAGUUUUUCAGUGCGAAUCUCAAUAAUAAGAUAAUGAAUGUAUUGGUUUAUUUUUUAUUAGUUAGUAUAGCGUAAAAUUUAACAAAUUAUUUCAUCUAUUCAUUACAAAAUAUCGGGUUAUGAAGUGCGUUUUACAUCUUUGUAAAUCUUGUUUUCGAAAAAGACUAUUUUAAUUUUGGCAUUGUGCAAAGUGUUGUGUUGAGUUCGUUCACAUUUAAAGCAGCAAUAUAAAAGGUCCUGAUAAUGAAAUCUAGUAAGAGGAGACUCCAGGCGCUCGCUGAAGGUUCUGAUGGCAUACCCAACUACCUUAAGAUGGAAGAUUCGGAGACAUCAAUUCCUCCAGUAUUUAGAUCUAGACUUCACGAACUGUUCUCGCAAAUUGAAAAAGAGUUCGACCUUCUGUACACUGAAAAUUUAAAUCUCCAAGAGAAGAUUGAUAUAUUGAGUGAAAAACUGGAGAGAGAAAGCUAUGUUGGUGAUAAACAAAAUGUUGAUUACAUUGAAUUCGAGACAUCAGGAAAAAAUUCUAAAGUUAAAUUGUCUCAAAACAAUUCACAGAAGGUUAAAACAAGUCAUAAGCUAAAAGUUCAGACAAGUAAAAUUGUCUCGAGUUUCAAAGCGCCGACAUACAAUUGUCAACUUGUUAGAGAGUUCACUGGCCACAAGGAUGGCAUCUGGGAUGUGACGUCUGCUCGCCCGGGCCAGGCUCUCAUUGGGACAGCAUCUGCUGACCACACAGCGGCGGUAUGGAGCGUGGAGUGGGGCAAGUGUCUCCUGCAGUACACAGGGCACGCGGGCUCCGUCAACUCCAUCCGCUUUCACUCCACCCGGGACAUCGCGCUCACUAGCAGCGGGGACAACACCGCUCAUGUGUGGCAGGCAGCUGUGAACUGGGAUUUGCCGCGCGGGCAAUCCUCCGAGGAGGAGCUAGAGGGGGGCGGGGAGGAGAGCGAAGGGGGGGACAGGCCCGAGGUGCUCCGUACCCCGCUGACGGAGCUGGCCGGCCACAGUGGCGUCGUGGUCGCGGCGGACUGGCUCACCGGCGGCGACCACGUGAUCACCGCCUCCUGGGACAGAACCGCUAGCCUGUACGACGUCGAGACCGGCGACUGCCUGCAGAUAUUGACAGGUCACGAUCACGAGCUGACGCACGCAUCGGCGCACCCCAACUCGCGGCUAGUGGUGACGGCGUCCCGGGACACCACCUUCCGCCUGUGGGACUUCCGCGAGCCCAUACACUCCGUCUCCGUCUUCCAGGGCCAUACAGAGAGCGUGACGUCAGCCGUGUUCACGAGAGAGGACAAGGUCGUGUCCGGCUCCGAUGACAGAUCUGUCAAGGUGUGGGACGUACGCAACAUGCGGUCCGCGCUCGCCACCAUCCGCUCGGACUCGUCCGUGAACCGCGUGGGCGUGAGCGCGGGCGGGCUCAUAGCGAUCCCGCACGACAACCGCCAGGUGCGCCUGUUCGACCUGCACGGACAGCGCCUGGCCCGCCUGCCCAGACCCUCCAGACAGGGUCACCGUCGGAUGGUGACAUCGGUGGCGUGGGCGGACGACAUGUCGUCCAGCAUCAACUUCUACAGCUGCGGCUUCGACAGGCGCAUACUCGGCUGGUCCAUACAGCCCUCCAAGGACAACUGAAUCUCCCGCCGCGUCGCCCACUCCAUACUAACUUUAUGACACUACAGUGAAAUUAUCCUAUGACCCUGCUCGAGCGGACGGCACGUGUAAGUUUCUGAUUUUUACGGAUGAUUGUUCCCAAAUCUCGAGUAACGAGUUUAGUGUGGUUUUACAGUGAGAGCCCUUUUACUGACAUGCGUGUUAUCGGCCGCACGCGGAUCUGGUCCGCAUGCAAGUUACCCGCUCCUAUCAUUUCAUAGAUGUUUUUCCUGACAUGCAGGCAGCACACGCGCGUUCAGGAGCAUAUUGUCAUCCGCAUGUGGGCGAUAUUAACAUGCGUGACAGGAAAAGGGCCUUGAAUCUUGAUGUUUACUGCCCGCGCUGAUGGUAAGCGCGGCCCGUAGAACUAUAUAACGAACUAUCUAAGGGGGAUAUUAGAUUAUCAUAUAUAUUGGAUCC